AUGAGAGCGCGGGGCCUCUGCGGAGAUGAGCGGAUAAAUUGGUUGAUGGGAGGAGAGCUGGUUGGUGGCCAUGACAGCCUGUCUUUAUCCAGCGGGUACCGAGGACCACAUACCGGUAAAUGGCUGGCGGUGGUGGCAUGUCAUAUGACCAUGGGUUUAGCGUCGGGCGACUUGGGCUUUACUCCAAGUGGUUAG